GCAGCCCGGAGCAUGAUGGCGGUGUCCAUAACAGCCCCGCACAUUGACUUCUAGUUGUUUAGCUCGGACUCGUUCAUUAACGAGGGAAUACUCGUCACUGGCGAUCUUAAUACUUUCGGAUUUAUAAAUGACAUAAAGCGCAGGUCAUGGCGUUGCACAGGGUGUCAUUCGGACUGCGCCAAACGGUUGCAUGUGCUCGAUCGCUUCACACCGCUGGAAUCUGUCACCAACAGGAGGCGGCGUAUUCCACAAUAGAGUCUGAACCCGAACCUUUCUCAGUCUUCAGAACACAGGAGAGUGAUCCGGCACGUCAGACUGAAAAACACAUCGGGCAGUAUUACACCAUACCUGCCGCACACAUCCGCACCCUGUUCCCUCAUGGCCUUCCAAGGCGCUACCACAAGCAGAUCAAAACAUUUAAUGAAGCGAGUGUGAUGGUGAGACAGCCUGCGUUAGAGGUCAUCUCUUACCUGAAGAACGUCGAUGCAAGCAAACCCGUCCAAAGAUUUGUAUUCUAUGGCUUGAAAGGCAGCGGAAAGACCAUGUCUCUCUUCCACACAGUGCACUACUGCUAUACUCAAGGCUGGCUGGUGCUGCAUGUGCCUGAUGCCCACCUCUGGGUGAAGAACUGCAAGGAGCUGCUGUCUUCGUCUUUUAACUCGGCUCGCUUUGACCAACCGCUCCAGGCUGCCGAAUGGUUACAAAACUUCAAAAAAACAAAUGAGCCCUUUCUCUCCAAGAUAAAAAUCAAGCAGCGCUACGUUUGGACAAAGCGAGAGUUCACAGAAGAGGGCAGUCAUCUGGGAGAGCUGGUGGAUCAGGGCAUCUCUCGAGUCAAGAGCAGCAGCGAUGUGGUCGGGGCGGUGUUCAAGGAGCUGAGGCUACAGAGUGGGCAGCCCGGGUCCAACUUCCGUCUGGCCGUGGCUGUAGACGGUGUCAAUGCCCUGUGGGGACAUACCACUAUCAAGAAGGAGGAUAAAAGCCCAGUGGAUCCACAGGAGCUCACUUUAGUUUAUAAUCUGAGGAAGCUGAUGAGAAACGACUGGGUCGGUGGUGCUGUCAUUACCAGUGUGACACAAACAGGGUCUCUGUUUACUCCAAAAACCUCGUACCUGCCUCACGAGCUGCUUGGAGAGGAGGGUUUUGACUGCAUGGAACCGUUCCUCCCAGUGUCUGUGCCAAACUACAGCGAAAAGGAGUUUGAAAGUUGCUAUCUCUAUUAUAUCGAUCGGAACUGGCUGCAGCAUCCGCAGAGUCGGACAGAAGAUGGGAAGAAGGAACUCAUCUUUUUGAGCAACAGGAACCCGUGGGCUCUGGAAAAGAUUUGUGCCUCUCUAUGAAGUCAUAGUAAUGAACACAAAACUAUCCAUCUGUGAUGUGUACCUCUGUAAAUUAUCAUUCAUCUUUCAUAAUAAAACU